UUCCCACUCGAAUAAUGGCGAACGAAAUUUCAGACGAAACAAAUCAGAAUUUAUCUGAGGAGGAAACGCCGAAAAUAAACGGCUACGAGGAUGAGGAUGAAGAAGAUGAAUCACAGUUUAAUGACCCGGAAGGGUUUGUAGACUCAAUAAGCGACAAAGAACUGCUUGGAGAUAUUCUUGAGAAGCGGCCAGCCCCAGAGGAUGGCAUUGAUACUUUAAUUGUUGUGGACAAUGUCCCUGUGGUUGGACAAGACAGGCUGGAGAAAUUGAGGAAUGUCAUAAGGAAAGUUUUCUCAAAGUUUGGAAAAAUUGUGAACGAAUUUUAUCCGGAGGAGAAUGGCAAGACGAAAGGAUAUAUUUUUAUUGAGUAUGCUAAUAAGAAAGAUGCUGAACAAGCUGUGAAAAUAGCAAAUGGCUAUAAACUUGACAAGCACCAUAUCUUUAUUGUCAAUCCAUUUUCCUCAUUUGACAGUAUGUUAAAUCUUGAGGAGGUCUGGAGCCCACCUGAGAAGGAGCCUUAUCAAGACAAAGGAAACUUGUAUUCCUGGCUGCUUGAAGCAGAUUGUAACGACCAAUACUCUGUUAUUCAUGGUGGUGGUGAGAAAGUCGAUAUAUUCCUAAAUACAUCAACUGAACCUGUGCUGCUCAAGGGAAGACCUGGUUGGACAGAAACCUAUGUCACCUGGUCACCCCAGGGUACAUACCUCGCCACAUUUCAUAAACAAGGUAUUGCCCUCUGGGGCGGUGAUGAGUUCAAUCGUAUCGGAAAAUUUGGUCAUCAAGGAGUGCAAAUGAUUGAUUUUUCUCCGUGUGAAAGAUAUAUUGUGACGUUCAGUCCAUUACCAGACACCCCAAGCGAUCCACAGGGCAUUAUUAUCUGGGAUGUAAGAACAGGGGCAAAGAAGAGAGCAUUUCAGUGCGGGGAUUGUUCGAGAUGGCCCGUUUUUAAGUGGAGUCAUAAAGGGGAAUAUUUCGCCAGAAUACGAGACGAAGCCAUCAGCAUUUAUGAAACGCCAUCCUUUGGUUUGCUCGAUAAGAAAAGCAUAAAAGUGCCUAGUAUAAGUGACUUUGCGUGGUCCCCAGGGGACAAUGUAAUAUCCUAUUGGCUGCCUGAGAUCAAAGACACUCCGGCUCGCGUUACCAUAAUGGCUAUUCCUAGUCGUGACGAAUUGAGGGUGAAAAAUCUUUUCAACGUCGCCACGUGUAAAAUGAAUUGGCAGAAUAAAGGAGAUUAUCUUUGUGUCGUGGUUGACCGCUACACAAAAAGCAAAAAGGCUCUUCACUACAACAUGGAAAUAUUUCAUUUAAGGGAAAAACAAAUACCAGUUGAUACACUGGAACUAAAGGAGGCUGUCAGUGCAUUCGCCUGGGAGCCCCAGGGUGAUACCUUCGCUAUUAUUCAUGGUGAAAGUCCUAAAAUCAGCGCCAGUUUUUAUCGCUGUCAAAAAGGAGGUCACACUACCCUGCUUAAAACUUUUGAAAAGAAACAAGUUAAUAAUAUAUUUUGGUCACCCCGGGGCCAAUUCUGCGUUUUGGCUGGUCUACGUAGCAUGAAUGGUGCGCUGGAGUUUUACGAUCUUAACGAGGUGUCUCUAAUGAAUGUUGGGGAGCAUUUCACUGCCACUGACGUUGAAUGGGAUCCAUCAGGAAGAUACGUUUCCACGUCUGUCAGUUGGUGGGCUCAAAAGGUCGACAACGGCUACCAUAUUUGGUCAUUCCAAGGCAAAUUACUUCAAAGACACGCGGUCAGUCAAUUCUGUCAAAUGCUCUGGAGACCCCGACCGCAGACCUUGUUGACUGAUGAUCAAGUGACGAAAAUCAAGUCGGAAAUUAAGAAAUAUCAAAAGAUGUUCGAGAACAAGGAUAGAAUGAGCCAAAAGAAGGCGUCGAAGGAACUGAUCGAGAAACGUCGCAGAAUGAUGCGAGAAUUCAUGGAAUAUCGCGAUCGAAAGAAACAGGAAUACGAAGAACAGGAGGAUCAAAGACAUGAAUUACGUAAAGGUUUUGAAGAUUUGCAGGAGGAGGUGGAUGAUUUUGAGGAGGAAAGUGUUGAAUUCUUUAUCAAGGAAGAAACCAUCAUCGUCGAGUGAUUCCCCCCCCCGAUUUCGUCUCCGCUGGCCAGGGAAAUUUCGUGAAGCUCUGAUCAACUCGUUUACUCUCCUUGGUGACAGGUAGCAAAGGGAAUUGUGGGAAAUAUUUUGCUUGAGAUUGGUGAAAUCGAUUCGGAAAUUAGGUGGUUAGAAAAAUCCUUACUUUUAUUAAUACCUUGAAAUUUUGCACGAAAUCUAGGAAAUAGCUGAUAUAAAUAAUAUAUAUUCCUAAGUUUAAUUAUCUUAAUACCCCCACUAUAAUCCUUAAACUCUACACAUACAGUAUGUGUGCUUUGAAAAGCCCUAAGAUCCUUAUCAAUCAAUCUUUGAACAUAAAAAACAUCUCGAAUAUUCUAUCGUACAAAUUAUCAGCAUUACGUUUAAUUAGAUUUUUGCUAUACUUUCAAGUUUUGCUUUGCUGUGGUCUUUUUAUUUGUUUUUUUUAAAAUUUUUUUUGUGCCCAUUAAUUUCAUUACAAAGCAGUCGCACAUGUUGGACGUAAUAUGCAUGAGGCAGCCGUAAAAAUUGUUCUCUAUUUAGUCCGGGUAUAGCUUUCGUUUAAGAAGUUCCAAGAUUUGCUUUGCGGUGUUUUAAUUCCGAUGAUUUACGAUAAACACGAAGGAUAUGGGCUUAUCUGAUUGGUUCGGUAAGGCUUAUGCAAGCCAAUCAGAACUUAGAAAGCUUUGUCAUCGCAUAUUGCCGGGGAAAAAAAUUCUAAAAUAGAUUUUGGAUAUGAUAAGAAAUAACAAUUUUCGCAAUAUUCCAAAGAGGAAUCCUACCCAAGAAUUACGCACACACGCACACUUUGCCUUUUUUUUCUCUGAGCAUAUGUGCGUUGAAUUACAACACAAUGUUUAUUAAAUUUCGAUUUUACUCUUUCUGCAGCUGAUAUAUUGAAUAUUGCAUGCAAAACGCGAUCAUUGCUCGCGAACAAGGAUUUGUUGACUCACAUGUGGUCUGAGACCCUACUAUGCUAAAUCCAUUUAAUCUAUUUUAUCACGUUUUGCGGUCGAAUUUUCUUUCGAGAUCGUUUUCUUUGCGCAAUUCAUUAGAAAACCGUUACGAAAACAAAGUCUUUGUAAAAACGAUGGCGUGUUGUCCCAAGGGACUUUUAAAAAUGUACCCGCAUUUACUCAAAGCAGAAAUAAAUCUUAUAAAUUAAACCGCAGACAAAUUUCGGACUUGCCAUCCGACGCCGGUAUAUAUAGACUGGUCUCAUUUGGGGCUCAUACAGUUCCGGACAUUUUUCAAGCUGUGUAGCGCUGAGUGAUGACUUUUUAAUAAACUUUUUACAUGCCUGUUUUGACACAACGUAGUUUUUUUUAACAAGGAAAAAAUAUCUUUUAGGUUUUUAGCCGACCGAUCACCCCGAUUAAAGAAAGUUGCAAAAUUCUACGACUGCGUGUUUCUCUAAAUCAAAAUUAAGUUUGAAUAAAGAAAAGGCUGACUCAUUUCGUUUAUUCAAUUUAUCAAAUAUAGACUU